AGCAAUUGGGUCAGUCUUCAGUCAGACGCAUUCUCUUAUUAGGACCCCCAGACAGCGUUAUUUCUGCAAGACAUGAUGAAACGAUGAACAGGAGCGCCUAGGAGAAGAGGAGAGAACAAAACAGCGCAGAAGAUUCAUUUUUAAAAUAGACGGCAGAUAAAAUAGCGUGUGCGGUCUUUUAUUCAUUAGUUUUAACUCUCAAGUCUCCUCUGUGAGAUACAAGUUCUCCAUGAGAUUUUUCAGACUCACAUUCAAGUGUUUUGUGGACUGUUUUUGAAGGUGCUUUUAAACCCGAGAUCGUAUUAUUUUUCUUUUUUUUAAAUACAUAUAUAUUUUUUAAAUAUAUAUAUAUAUAUAUAUAUAUUCAAAAAAAAAAAAAAACCUUUAUCAUUUUAAUUAAUGUUUAAAGACUGAUUUAAUUCCACCUGGUCCUAUUGACGAUCCAAAAAAAGGCUUACAAAUAACACAAAAAAAAAUAAUAAUUAUAUUAUAUUAUAAAGUGACUAUCAAUCUGAGAUCUUGAUUUCGUUCUGGGUUUAACCAGAUAAUCAUAAGAGAUCUGGGCAUGGAGAAAAUAGCGCUCAAUAGUGGAGAUUGCUCAGUGAACGUGAUCCACAGCGAAGAGAAAAAAGGACUCCUCGUUUCAAACGGGAAUGGUCACGCUAACGGUAACGGAGCGGUGGUCGGCGGAGGUGCGACCGGAGGGGGGUGCGCACCCGCAGCACCGCCGCCGGUCAGGGCAAGCUAUCCAGAAAGAGAGACGUGGACCCGGCAGAUGGAUUUUAUAAUGUCCUGCGUGGGAUUCGCGGUCGGCUUGGGCAACGUGUGGCGGUUUCCUUACCUUUGCUACAAAAACGGAGGAGGAGUCUUCCUCAUCCCCUAUAUUAUUAUCGGACUGCUGGGAGGCAUUCCUAUCUUUUUUCUGGAGAUCGCUUUGGGACAGUUCAUGAAGGCUGGUGGCAUCAAUGUAUGGAACAUUGCCCCACUUUUUAAAGGUCUGGGCUACUCCUCAAUGGUCAUUGUGUUCUUCUGCAACACUUACUACAUCAUGGUCCUGGCUUGGGGCUUCUAUUACUUCAUCAAGUCCUUCAGUGCUACCCUGCCUUGGGCAACCUGCAAAAACCCGUGGAACUCUGUGGACUGCAUCGAGUUCUUCCGGCAUGACGAAUGCCACAACGGCACCAUCGGCAACGCCACCUUCGGCAACAUGACCUGCGAGGAGCUGGCCAACGGGCGCUCGCCAAUCAUCGAGUUCUGGGAGAACAAGGUUCUGAAUAUCUCGGAAGGACUAGAGCACCCUGGAGUGAUGAACUGGGAAGUAACGCUGUGUCUCCUAGCAACCUGGGUCAUUGUGUACUUCUGUGUGUGGAAGGGAGUCAAGUCAACAGGGAAGAUCGUGUAUUUCACAGCCACGUUCCCCUACGUUGUCCUGAUCAUUCUGCUCAUCCGAGGGGUCACCUUGCCCGGAGCCUACGAAGGCAUUCUCUACUAUCUCAGACCAGACUGGUCCAAGCUAACAUCAGCACAGGUGUGGAUCGAUGCUGGGACACAGAUCUUCUUCUCGUACGCAAUCGGACUUGGCGCUCUCACUGCACUCGGCAGCUAUAACAGAUUCAACAAUGACUGCUAUAAGGACGCCUUACUCCUAGCCCUCAUUAACAGUGGCACCAGCUUCUUCGCUGGCUUUGUGGUCUUCUCAAUCUUGGGGUUCAUGGCUGCGGAACAGGGGGUGCACAUCUCACAAGUGGCCGAAUCAGGCCCGGGACUGGCGUUCAUAGCGUACCCCAAAGCAGUCACCCUGAUGCCAGUGUCCCCUCUUUGGGCAGCUCUAUUCUUCUUUAUGCUUUUACUCUUGGGACUGGACAGCCAGUUCGUGGGGGUGGAAGGUUUCAUCACUGGGAUCUUGGAUCUGUACCCUGGAAAGUAUUACCAGCGCUACCGUCGAGAGAUUGCGGUCGCCGUGUGCUGUACUCUCUGUUUCAUUAUCGACCUGUCCAUGGUCACGCAGGGUGGAAUGUAUGUCUUCCAGCUAUUUGAUUACUACUCUGCCAGUGGGAUGACCCUCCUGUGGCAGGCAUUCUGGGAGUGUGUGGUUGUCGCUUGGGUUUAUGGAGCUGACAGGUUCAUGGACGAUAUCGCUCGUAUGAUUGGUUACCAGCCGUUUCCCUGGAUCAAGUGGUGUUGGUCAGUGAUCACUCCACUGGUGUGCAUGGGUAUUUUCUUCUUUCAUCUUGUCAAUUACAAACCGUUGACUUACAACAACACCUAUGUGUACCCCUGGUGGGGCGAGGCAGUGGGCUGGGUCCUGGCUCUCUCCUCUAUGCUGUGUAUCCCGACCACCGUGGUCUACAAGCUGUUCCGCGCCAAGGGCACCUUCAGAGAGCGCUGGGAUCACCUGUCCAAGCCAGUGUGGGGCGGUCAUCAUCUGGAAUACAUGUCCGAAGACACGGACAUCAAAAGUCUGGCCUCGCUGACCCCCAACUCAGAGGACAACAAGGUCAUCAUAUUCGAGAGUGUCAUUUAACACCUCGAAUACAUCCAUCUCAUCUCCGUCAGAGCACAGAGACACACAGAGGCAGCAUGGAACGAAAACUCCCGCUGCACAGCAGUGUGAUCCAUUCCUGUGGCUUGCAGCAAAAUCUGGACUAGAUAAAACUGCUAUGCAAUAGGAGUCUUAUUUCCAUGCCUGUACUGUGGCAGAAUUCUAACAGGCGUAGCAUUAGAACUAAGGGCUGUGUUGUUCACAAUAUUAAUAUCCGACAAGCACAGUUUAAGUAAUGUGCCAUAUUUUAAGCUCUUCAAUGACUUCUGUGUGCUGUGCUUUAUGCAGACUCCUCCCAUUGCCUCCUGAUUGGCUGAUGGAAAACGAGCUCAUGAAUAAUGCUGAAUAAUCUGACGCCGGCUUUGCUGUUUACUUUAUUACAUAUUAAUGAGCUGCUUUCGGUUUCAACCAAUCAAAAACGAGCAGAAGGGAUAGGACAAAAAAAUGCUAAACUUUGCCUUUUUUUGUCUUGAUGAGACCACCCCCCCAGCUGCCCCCCCCCCCAGCUUCUAUAGUGCCACUAUGUUCUGCCUGCCAGAAAUUUGCCUAUCGACAACAAAGCUAUUAAAAACAGCGAUCAACAGUAAUAGACUAUCACCCAGAUCAAGUAAUGCGAGGCUAUGUUUGCACAUUGUUGAACUUUCACCUUUUAUGAAAAGGUGAAUCGUGUUUGACCAUUUAUUUUGUUUUUAUUAUUAUUAUUACUACUUGUAAAAUAAAUCAGAGAUUCGUUUUUGUGAAUGAUUUCAUUUUGUUUGUAAUUUUUUUUUUUUUAAAGAAUGGGUUGAUGCAGUAAAAAAUAAGGACUGGUAAUCCUUCAUGCGAGGAAUGAGACACAAAAUAUAUGCAAUACGGAGAAGAUAUAGAGAGUAAUACGGGGUCUGUUUUCCCUUCUGUUUUUCCAUUAUUCCCACCCAGAUCUAACACAAAUUAUCCUGUAUAUUCCCAUACAAAAUCCUUAGGAUUUCACCCUUUACAGGUGUUCCCACCCAAAAAAUACAUGUGCCAUUCCACUCGAGGACCAAGCUGAAAUUCACCGGAUUUUAUUAACCCUUUGUUUCUUACACAUUACACUGAUGAAAGCACUGUCUGCUUCAAGCAAAGCAAAGGUAAAUUAUUAUAAAUACUGACCACCACAGUUAUCUGCUUCAAUACAAUACACACAUAUUUUUAUACAAGCAAUUGUUUUUUUUUUUCAAUGUAGCCUUAAAAUAAUCCAGUUUCAGCCUGCCUAAUGUCAAACCAGAAUAGACUCUGUUAAAUAAACUUCGUGGUACGAUUUCAGGCAGCUUUUUUGGUCACCUUUUGGUAUUAAAUUAGUUUCAAGACUCUUCUUAGUAAGGUCAACUCUCUUUUAAGACUCUCAGACAAAAUGCCCUUGUCUUAGUUAUUAUUAUUAUUAUUAUUUAUUUCUUAGCAGACGCCCUUAUCCAGGGCGACUUACAAUUGUUACAAGAUAUCACAUUAUACAUUAUUUCACAUACAAUUACCCAUUUAUACAGUUGGGUUUUUACUGGAGCAAUCUAGGUAAAGUACCUUGCUCAAGGGUACAACAGCAGUGUCCCCCACUGGGGACUGAACCCACAACCCUCCGGUCAAGAGUCCAGAGCCCUAACCACUACUCCACACUGCUGCCCUCUUAGUGCUCUCAACAGGGCUGGGAAUGAGACUCCCGUUGCACAGCAGUUUGAUCCAUUCCUGGUUUUACUAAGAUGCACCUGAGCUUGUUGCUUAGACAGACUGGGGCUGAUCAAGCUGGUAAUAAAACCUGGAAUGGGUGACACUGCUGUGCAAUUGGAGUCUGAUUGCCAUCCCUGGCUGUCAGGUUUUCAGUGCAAUGGGGUCUGCCAUAUUAAGACUCCGCUCAGCCCCUCGGCAGCUGUAUUGCUAUAUUUAGCCUCUGUCCUCCGCAUGGCCUUGCUCUAUUUGUGAGAGAUUGACGUCACCAAUGUCUUUCUUUACUGUACAAACAGCUGAUAAAACUGAAGGGCAGAUUGUCAAGGUAGAAACCGAUUUAAAAGAAAAAAAUAAUCAGUUUAUUAAAAAGAACACAUCAAAGGUGUAUUUUUUUUGUCAACUUUUUUUUAGAUCAAUCAGCUGCUAGGAGCAGGGUGAGCUCUGAUAGGCUGAGCUGCCCCCUCAUUUUUCCUUAGUUAUUAAAAGAUGACAAAUGAGACGGUCAGUGCCUGUGUCAGCGUUGAAAAGCUGAAACAUGAUUUAUUAAUACGCUGGAAUAACUACAGGCUCCACUAGCAUAUACAUGAACGUCAGAAUAUCAAUACAAUACAAACAGUUUAUUUUUUUAACAGAACUGUAUUGUAAACCUCUGUGCACAAAAAAAACAUGUAUUUACUGUAUUAAACAUAGAUUUACAGCUUUGGUGCCAGUUGAAGUAUAGCCAUUAAAAAAAAAAAAAAAAAAAAAAAAAGAGAGAAUUGAUACUGGCUGUCUUUA